AUGUCUGGUCGUGGUAAAGGCGGUAAAGGUCUUGGCAAGGGUGGAGCAAAGAGACAUCGAAAGAUCCUGCGUGAUAAUAUCCAGGGUAUAACCAAACCUGCAAUUCGCCGACUUGCUCGUCGUGGCGGUGUGAAGCGUAUCUCCGGUCUUAUCUAUGAGGAGACCCGUGGUGUCCUCAAGGUUUUCCUUGAAAAUGUCAUCCGAGAUGCUGUAACUUACACAGAGCAUGCCAAAAGAAAGACCGUCACAGCGAUGGACGUCGUGUACGCCCUGAAGCGCCAAGGGCGCACUCUGUACGGCUUCGGUGGCUAA